UGGUUUUCUCUUGCAGCCCUCAGAUUUGCAGCAAGGCACUGAGAACCACCAGCAAAUUGAGAAGCACGAGGCUGCAAGAUGUCGGGGCGGAGCGGGAAGAAGAAAAUGUCCAAACUGUCGCGCUCGAGCAGGGCCGGGGUGAUCUUCCCCGUGGGCAGGAUGAUGCGCUACCUGAAGAAAGGCACCUACAAGUACCGCAUCGGGGUGGGGGCACCCGUCUACAUGGCUGCUGUCAUAGAGUACCUGGCAGCUGAAAUCCUGGAGUUGGCAGGAAAUGCAGCACGGGACAACAAGAAAGGAAGGAUUGCCCCCAGACACAUCCUCCUGGCAGUUGCAAAUGAUGAGGAGCUGAAUCAGUUACUCAAAGGUGUGACUAUUGCAAGUGGAGGUGUCCUGCCCAGAAUUCAGCCUGAGCUUCUAGCCAAGAAAAGGGGUGCCAAAGGCAAAACUGAGACCAUCCUUUCCCCUGCUCCUGAGAAGAAGGGGAGGAAAUCCAUGGUGAACAAAAAGAGUGGGAAAAAGGCAAAGUCUACCAAGGCCCGGACGUCCAAAAAGAGCAAACAAAAGGACAAUGAAAAAGAAGGAGCUUCAAAUUCAACAACUGAAGAUGGACCUGGGGAUGGUUUCACUAUCUUGUCCUCCAAGAGCCUUGUGCCAGGACAAAAGCUUUCUCUGACACAGAGUGACAUCAGCCAUAUUGGCUCCAUGAAAGUAGAAGGAAUUGUUCACCCUACAACAGCUGAAAUAGACCUCAAGGAGGAAAUAGGCAAGGCACUGGAAAAGGCUGGAGGCAAAGAGUUCUUGGAAACAGUGAAAGAGCUUCGCAAAUCUCAAGGACCUUUGGAAGUUGCUGAAGCUGCACUCACUCAGUCUAGCGGCCUAGCAGCAAAGUUUGUCAUCCACUGUCACAUCCCACAGUGGGGCUCGGACAAGUGUGAAGAGCAGCUCGAGGAGACUGUCAAGAACUGCUUAACAGCUGCAGAAGACAAGAAGUUGAAGUCUGUGGCUUUCCCCCCGUUUCCCAGUGGCAGAAACUGCUUCCCAAAGCAGACAGCAGCCCAGGUGACCCUCAGAGCCAUUUCUACCCACUUUGAUGGCAGCAGCUCUUCCUCCUUGAAGAACAUUUACUUUCUGCUCUUCGACAGUGAAAGCAUUGGCAUCUAUGUGCAAGAAAUGGCCAAGCUAGACACGAAGUAGCAACGGCAGCCAAAUGAAACUUUAUUUUUCAACAAACUUGAGUAGCAUUCAAAGCAUUAGAGGUGGGUUUUAUUUUUUCAAUGUGAUGAGGAGGGGGGAGUGGUAGUAGUGUGACGUGUUGUGACUCGAUGGAGAGCUGUGAUUAGAGAUGAGAGGAGUUUAGUCUGAUUUCUUCAUGCCAUUUUUAUCACCUUAAACAAUUGAGUUAUCAUCUGGCUUCAGGAGUUUAGUGUCCUUUGUUACUUUAGUUUAGAGGUUUUUGAAGAGUAACCUCAUUUUAGAUUUGUAGUGAUGAUUUCUUCACACACACACACACUUGCCACUUUCAAGAAAGCUCUUAAAAAUGUUCUGUUCCUUUUUCCCCUUCCUUGAGGGUAGGUGGUAAACUUCUGCCUUCAGCCCACAGAGAGGUGAAAAGGGUUUUAGAAGUGAUGCAUGAGGAACUUCUGUUUUGCUUUUAAAUCACAAUAACCUCUGUAAUUACUGAGAAUAUUUCAUGGUGAUUUUGUUUGUUUUAUAAGAAAAAAAGAAAAAGA